AUGGCUGAAGCACUUCUUUCUGGCUUCAUCAACGUUGUUCUUGAGAGGCUUAUUUCACCUGAGUUUAUCAACUUGGUGGUGGGAAAGAAGUUGGAUCGAAAGUUGGUUGAGAAGCUGAAGACUGCUAUCUUGGCUGCCAAAGCUCUAGCUGCUGACGCUGAGCAGAAGCAGUUUGGAAACGAACUCAUCAGGGAGUGGCUUGAUAGUCUCAGGGAUGCUCUCUACACUGCUGAUGACUUGCUGGACCGUGUCUUCAUCAAAGCUCAAAUUCACAGCAAGGUACGCACUCGUCUUCGUCGCUUCCUUAAUUUGUCUGGUAGGGAGAUGGUGACUAAGAUAGAAGAGGUGGUUGAAAGAAUAGAAGAUCUUGAGAGACGCAAAGAUAGCCUUGGUCUCAAAGACAUUCCAACGGGUAGCUCCUCAUGGAGACCUCCAUCCACUUCUCUUGUCAAGGGGAACGUGAUCGGCAGGGAUGGUGACAAACAGGCACUAAUCAAGAUGCUCAAUGACAACGAUGAUCAUAACCUGUCCGUCAUCUCUAUUGUUGGUAUGGGCGGUGUUGGUAAAACUACUUUAGCACAAUGGCUCUACAACAAUAAGGAUUUGAUGGACGGAGUUGAUAUGAAAGCAUGGAUUUGUGUUUCUGAACAUUUUGAUGUUGUUGAAACUACUAAGAAUGUUAUAAAGGGGAUCUCUUCAGGUGUUUGUAGUCUUGACGGCUUCGAUUUACUUCAACAACAUUUGAAGGAAAAACUGUCAGACAAGAAGUUCUUCAUUGUCUUGGACGACGUUUGGAGUGAAGAUGCUGACAUGUGGAAUAGUUUUAUCACCCCUUUUCAACAUGGGACAAAGGGAAGCACUAUUCUUCUAACCACCCGCAAGGUAAAUGUUGGUAGAAUAGUCCGACACUAUAACUCUUACCCUCUAAAGGAACUGUCAGAUGAUUAUUGUUGGUCUAUUUUUGCCGACAAUGCAUCCUUUCCUGAAUCAAAUGGAAGCUUAGAACUGGAAGGAAUAGGUAGAAAGAUUAUCGAGAGGUGUGAUGGCUUGCUGUUAGCUGCAGAAACACUUGGACGCUUGUUGCGCUCAGAGCGUCGUGUUGAAGAAUGGAAUAAAAUACUGUCGAGUGACAUCUGGGAAUUUUCUGUGACAAAUAGUAAGAUUGUUCCUGCAUUGUUAUUAAGUUACCAUCAUCUGCCUACUCAUUUAAAACGUUGCUUUGUUUAUUGUUCAUUGUAUCCCAAAGAUCAUAAACUAGAUAAAGAUGAAUUAAUCUUGCUGUGGAUGGCUGAAGAUCUUUUACAACAACCAAGAGGGGGACAGACUUUAGAAGAAGUUGGUUGCGAGUGUUUCGACGACUUGGCUUCAAGACUAUUUUUCAAGCAGGUCGAAAACAAUCAUGAGAAGUAUUUUGUGAUGCAUGAUCUCAUGCAUGACUUGGCAACUUUUAUUGCUGGAGAUCAUUAUUGUAGAUUCUCAGAACUUGGUGAAAAGGAAGAAAUGAGUAUUCUAACUCGUCAUUUGUCAAUGGAUCAUCCAAUCUCUAAAAAAUUCUAUUCCUCUAAUAAAAUAGAAUCUUUGAGGACAUUCUUGUAUAUUAAGUAUGGUAAUUUUUUUAGCAACAAAGAAAGCACAAGGUUAACAUGUCGCAUAUUGUCGAAGAAUAAAUACUUGAGAGUUUUAUGCCUUGAUUACCUCACUAUAUUUCCUGAUUCAAUGGCUAAAUUGAUCCAACUGCGCUAUUUGGAUCUCUCUUCUAGUUUUAUUCAGGUAUUGCCGCGGUCACUAUGCAACUUGUGCAAUCUACAAACUUUGAAAUUAGAAGAUUGUUCAAUGCUGACUAUGCUGCCAAGUAGCUUAGGUGAAUUGAUCUACCUAUGCUAUCUGGAUCUAUCUAAAACUGCUAUUAGGACAUUGCCCGAGUCAUUGUGCAAGUUGUGUAAUUUACAAAGACUAAAGCUAGGAUAUUGUUCACAGCUGACUAUGCUGCCCAGUGGCAUGUCUAAUCUUGUGAAUUUGCGGCAUCUUGAUAUAAGGGAUACUCCUCUGAAAGAAAUGCCAAAAAGAAUGGGCAAAUUGAAACAGUUGCACAUUUUAAGCAAGUUUGUGGUAGGAAAGCAAGAAGACAAUGGAAUCCAAGAGUUAGGAGGGAUUUCAAAUCUUCAUGGAUCACUUGAGAUUGAGAAUUUGGAGAAUGUAGUUGAUGCCAAUGAGGCAAGGAGUGCAAGGAUAAUAGAUAAGAAGCACAUUGAAGACUUAUUGUUGAAAUGGUCUUCAGGUGAUGAUAUGGUUUCAAACACACAUAUUGAUGAAAAAGAUAUACUCCAUGGCUUGCAACCACACACUGGCUUGAAAAACUUGACUGUUGAUGGAUACAAAGGUAAAAUGUUUCCAGAUUGGUUGGGGCACAGUUCCUACAACAAUAUGACAAGUGUAUCUCUAUUUGGUUGUGAGAAUUGCUGCAUGCUGCCUUCACUUGGACAGCUCCCAUCUCUGAAGUCCCUCCACAUUGAAAGGUUUGAUCAGCUGAAGAGCAUUGGCAAGGAGUUUUACAAGAAUGAAGGUGAUCAAUAUUCUUCACCUAUUGCACCGUUUCCCUCCCUGGAGAGUUUGGAAUUCUGGGAUAUGGCAUGUUGGGAGGAGUGGCACUUACCUGACUCAGAAGCCUUUCCUCAGCUUAAGAGCCUUGAAAUAAGAGGGUGUCCAAUGUUAAAGGGAGAUAUGCUUAAUCAGGUAUUAAUGAGAAUCGUUUCUUCCUCAUCGGAUGUUUCCAAAGUGCACCAUCUGGAAAUACAAGAAGAAUAUCAAGAAUGGCGUAAAGAGAUGAGACUUGAUGGGGAUAGGUUAUCAAUUAUUGGAUUUGAAUGUGUGGUGGAGUGUGCAUUUAAGGCAAGGAUCAUCCACCAUCUAACUUCCCUCCAACAAAUACAUAUCUCAGGGAGUUCAUCUGCUAUAUCCUUGCAGGGAAAUUGUUUACCCAAAUCUUUGCAAAAGCUCACAAUGUUCCAUUGCAGCCAAAUUGAAUUACUCCAGCAACAACAGAAGUAUGAUUUCGUAGCUCUACAAAUAGUAAACAGCUGUGAUUCACUGACCUCAUUGUCGUUGGAUGCCUUUCCCAAUCUAGAGAGUCUCUGGAUAGAAGGGUGUUCAAAUCUAGAAUCAGUUUCAAUGUCAGAGACACCACACACUGCUCUUCAACGUCUCACCAUCUCUAACUGCGAGGAAUUUGUGUCAUUUCCUAGAGAAGGACUGGAUGCACCCAACUGGACUCAUUUUGAUGUCAGAUACUGCUCAAAGUUGGAGGCAUUGCCACGUCACAUGAAUAGUCUUCUCCCAAAUUUAAAGUCUCUUGACAUAGGAGGUUGCCCAAAAUUUGUAGGUGGCCAGAGGGUGGUUUGCCGCCUAACCUGA